AUGUUUGACACCAUUGUAGAUCAGGUUUCACCAUCUGUCGAGCAGCUUCCAUCAUCAUCAUCAUUACAAGUAUCAUCAGUAUCACAACCAUUUAUGGGAUAUGUGGGUUAUAUUGAAAGAACUUACGAUGAAAAAAAUGAUGAAGAUCAAGCUUGCCAUUCUGGGAGAGGUUCACAGGCAUCCUAUUUGGCACCGGUUUCUACGUCAAUAUAUACUGCAAAUGUUUCUGAAGCAGUAAUGAUUAAUGAAAAAAGUAAAACAGUCAGCAGAAAGAUUUCUGAGAAUUCAUCCAUUUCGGUACCUCUGAUUACACAGAUGCCUUUAGAAAUGAGCGUGGAAGAAAUACUUGAUCCAUCGAAGAAGGAAAUCAUUCAGAAAAAAUAUAAUAUGUUUUCCAAAACCUCGCGUGAGAAGCAAUUGCAACAGUAUGUGAAGACCGUUGCAAAAAUUGAUACACGUAUCGAAGAAUUGAAGAAGAAACUGGAAAUAGAAUGCCGAGAAAAGAAUAAAAUGGUCAACAAAUACAAAAAGAUUGCUUCCUCAUCGAAUGGUUCUGAAUAUAUACCCACAAAAAAAUCUGUUCUGCAGCAGCCUUGCACUUCUGGGCAGUCUGUUGGGCCUUUGAAAUAUUUGGGUGGUUAUACUCCAACUCCUAUCGCUCUUUUAAAAUCUGGAAGAAGUGUGCUGGAAAAAAACAAGGAUGAGGAUGUAAAUUGUGUGAAAAAAACAAAAAAGGAAAAAAAAGAUUUACAGAAGUUGGCAAACAAAAAAAGUGUUUUUAUCGAAGAUCUUUUUGACGACGAGAAACCACCUGAAAAAAAGAAGAAACCAUCAUUGGCAAGUGCAAAUUGCAAAGAACAUUUCAAUUCUGACGAGUUAAAGCUAAAAAAUCAAAAUACUAGUGCCAGCCAGUCCAGAUCAUCAACACAGAUUGAUAAUAAAAAAGUUCUUACUCCAAAUAUUUCACAGCAAUUAGCGAUGCGUUACUGGAAAGUGGCAAAGGACAAAAAAGCUAUGGCCAACGUGAAUGAAAAUAAAUCAAAAAAUUUAUCUCAGUUCACGAAAAUUGAGACACUCGCUGGAACUUUCGACAAAGGUGAAAAAAGAAAAGCCCAUUUAACCACGGCAGCGACUUCUAUGAAAUUAAUACCAUUAGAUCCAUUUGCUACAGGGAAGGUGCCGUUCACAGUUCGUGUACGGUAUUUAAAUUUAUUUUAUAAUGAAUUCGUGAAAGUUUGCAAAAAGCCUGAGGAAGCGAUCUUGAUGGCAAAAGCCAAGGAAAAAGCAAUUAAAGAUCAAGCUUCGACAAAGUCUGGAUAUAUUUGUUCUGCUGUCAAUAAUUUGAAUAAAUUACGUGUAAGUAGUAAAAAUGGAUCAAGUCCAAAUGGCUUUAAAACUAUUUCACAUGAAGCGACUCUUGUUGGAAGGCAUCUUGGUUCAUUCAGUGUCGUUAAACGUGACUAUCGGCCAGGAAAUAAACAAAUCACUGAAAAAGAAUUUUAUGCUUCUUUAAACGAAAAAUACGUCAUUAGUAUGGCAGAAUUAUACGAUAAUGGAUUUCCUCUUUGGAAAGACGCAGAUAAAAAGAUAAUAGAUACGGAUAGAAAGGUUGCAAGUGGAUAUGACAAUAAAGCGAAAAUUUAUACGGACGAAAAUGAUUUGAAGCGAAUUUGCUGUCGGUGUGGGGCUGAAUUCUUUUUGACGAAGAAUGGUGAAAUCGCAAAUCCUCAACAGUGUAUUUAUCAUUGGGCGAAGGCAUUUAAGCAGAAAGUUUCAUACCAUUCAAGUAGUGAUUAUAUUAAGAAGAAUUUUUCUCUUAGUCAAGUGGCAUUAUUUUUUAUCGAUACAUGUAUUGAUCAUUCUACUCUUUUGUUUUACUUUCUCCAGUUAUAUAAUUUGUUUUUAGUUAAAGGCUCGUUAGAAGCUCGAUAUAUGUGCUGUUCAUCUGAUCUUAUGGUACAGGGUUGUUGUAUUGCCGAUUCACAUGUUACUAGUACUGCAUUAUUAACUGACUUAGAUACAUUUGUCGAGUCCCCAGCGCCAUCUGGUCCAAAUGAUCCUCGCAGUUCAAGAGUAUAUGCGCUAGAUUGUGAAAUGGUCUACACUGGGCACGGUUUAUCUCUUUCGAGAAUAACUAUUGUUGAUAUUAAAGAUGACCUCGUGCUCGACAUUUUGGUGAAACCCGAAUACCGUGUCAUGGAUUACAAUAGUCGAUUCAGUGGCUUAACCAAAGAUUUGCUUGACAAAGCAGAAUACGACUUCAAGCAAGCACGUGCUCGGUUUUUUGAAUUCGUAAAUUCGGAAACAAUUCUUAUUGGACAUAGUUUGGAAAGCGAUUUCAAAGCAAUGCGAAUUGUUCAUCACAAAGUUGUAGAUACUUCUGUAGUUUUUCCACAUAAAAAAGGCCCACCUUUUAAAAGAGCAUUGAAAAAUAUUGCCAGCGACGUUCUCCAACUUAUUAUUCAAGAAGAUGUUGGUGGUCACGAUUCAAAAGAAGACGCAAGUGCUUGUAUGCGAUUAAUGCUACAUAAAAUAAGAUACGGUUGA